AUGCGUUCAUGGAUAUUUAAGAUACGACGGAUCACAAUCUGCGCGUCCGAAUGGAGAGCCAAGCCAGCUGAGCCGAAGCUGCAGUUGCGAAUCAGAGAAGUCACCGGCCUCCCCUCCUCUCUCUUCUCCACGCCCCGAGAAAUCAAAAGCCCACGUGAGGGGCUUUUUGAUUGUCCAAUGGCGAUGAUGAUGGCUGAUCUUAGCUUUUCAGCGUCUAUAUCGAAUGCCAAGCUACCAAGGUAUGGAAAUGACUCUUCCUUGGCUAAGAGAUCUUCAAUGUUCCGAGCAGAAGCCCGGUCCACAGAAUCCGAGAAAUAUACUACCAAUGGCCGAUCGAUGAAGAUGGUUCCAACAACCGAAUUGAUGAGGAACAAGGGCGGUGGCCGUGCAAGAACUGAUACAGUUAAUGGUUCUUUGAAUGGAGCUGUCAAUGGCUCGACCAAGGCGGUCAUCAAUGGUUCUACAAAUGGCGUUGUCAACGGUUCGACCAGAGCAGUCAUUAACAGUUCUCCAAAGGUGGUUGUUACUGGGACCAGUUUGGUGAAUGGCAGCAACAUGUCUGCUCUAGUUAAGACCCAGAAGCAAAUGAGUGCUAGAGAUGAUCCCUUUGAAGAGGAGCUCAAGGUUUUGCCAUCUGACGAAGGAUUCAGUUGGGCAAAGGCUAACUACAACUCUGUGCAGAGGAGUAUAGAUAUCUGGUCUUUUGUGCUUUCUCUUCGAAUACGUAUUUUAUUCGACAAUGCAAAAUGGGCCUAUCCAGGUGGAUUCUCAGAGGAAAAUCAGAAAAUCCGGAGGAGAAACACUGCUUCAUGGUUAAGAGAACAAGUAUUGCAGCUUGGCCCAACUUUUAUCAAGCUUGGACAGCUAUCCUCCACAAGAUCUGAUUUGUUCCCAAAAGAAUUCGUUGAUGAGCUUGCAAAAUUGCAGGACAGAGUACCUGCAUUUUCUCCUGAGAAGGCAAAGGCUUUCAUAGAGAAGGAAAUGGGGUGUUCAGUUGAUGUUGCGUUCAAAGAAUUCGAGGACCGUCCAAUAGCUGCUGCUAGUCUUGGUCAGGUACAUCGUGCGGUGCUUCAUAAUGGAGAGAGAGUUGCAGUGAAAGUUCAGCGACCAGGGCUCAGAAAACUUUUUGAUAUUGACCUAAGGAAUCUAAAGCUAGUAGCUGAGUAUUUUCAGAGAAGUGAAAAAUUCGGAGGUCCUUCAAGGGACUGGAUUGGUAUUUAUGAUGAAUGUUCCAAAAUUUUGUAUGAAGAAAUUGAUUACAUCAAUGAAGGAAAGAAUGCAGACAGAUUUCGUCGAGAUUUCAGAAACAUAAAAUGGGUUCGCGUGCCACUUAUCAUGUGGGACUACACAACUGAAAAGGUGUUAACCCUGGAGUAUGCUCCUGGUAUUAAGAUAAACAACUUGGCGGUGCUAGACAGCCGGGGAUAUAGCCGUUCUCUGAUUGCAUCUCGUUCAAUAGAGUCGUACCUAAUUCAGAUACUGAAGACCGGUUUCUUCCAUGCUGAUCCUCAUCCUGGAAACCUUGCCAUAGACAAGGAUGGCUCUCUAAUAUAUUAUGAUUUUGGAAUGAUGGGUGAAAUCAAAUCAUUCACUCGAGAUAGACUACUCUCCUUGUUCUAUGCUGUGUAUGAGAAGGAUGCGAACAAGGUUAUAAAAGCUUUAAUUGACCUGGAAGCUCUUCAGCCAACAGGAGACCUCUCACCGGUAAGAAGGUCCGUACAAUAUUUCUUGGACAAUCUGCUGAGCCAGUCACCGGAUCAACAGCAGACUCUAGCUGCAAUUGGAGAGGACUUGUUUGCAAUUGCGCAAGAUCAACCUUUCCGCUUUCCUUCCACAUUUACGUUUGUCAUAAGGGCAUUCUCAACUCUUGAAGGCAUCGGGUACAUACUGGAUCCUGACUUUUCCUUUGUCAAAGUUGCUGCACCAUAUGCACAGGAACUGCUAGACUUGAAAACAAGACGAAGAGCUGGACCUGAACUAGUCCAGGAGAUAAGAAAGCAAGCAAAUGAUGCCCGUGAUUCUACGAUCUCAAUGCCCUACAGAAUCCAACGGAUUGAGGAUUUUGUGGGGCAACUGGAGUCGGGUGAUCUGAAACUCAGAGUCAGAGUACUUGAGUCGGAACGGGCUGCUCGUAAAGCUAACGUACUUCAGAUGGCGACCAUGUAUACAGCCAUGGGUGGUACUCUCUUGAAUAUUGGGGUCGUCAUGGGUAGUCAAGGAAACCAAAUAGUCGCAAAUGGGUCUUUCGUCGGCGCAGGCAUUUUCUUGGCAUUACUGGUUGCAUCUAUGCGAAGAGUGAAGAAGCUCGAGAAAUUCGAGACGAUGAUGUGA